AGAGUCAGAUUUUAGUCUCAGCCUAAUAUCAAUGUUACCUCUUGUUUAACUCUGCAAUUGCAUAGUGGCAUGUCACCUCUGAGCAAAAAAAGCAUUACAGGCAAAGUAGCAAAUCUUCAUCAACUUAGACAGCUCCAUGCACAACUCGUCCUCCACUCCCAGCACCACCGCAACCACUGGGUGGCGCUUCUCCUUACCGAAUGCACGCGCCUCCUUGCACCCUCAAACUACACUUGGCACAUUUUUCAUGUAGCAACAUAUCCCAAUGAACAUGUCUUCACCUGCAUGCUCAGAUAUUACUCCCAAAUCUCUGCUACCGCACAAGUUACUUCUUUCUUUAAACAUAUGCGAUACUACGACAUCAAGCCUGAUGCAUCGUUUUAUAUGGUUUUGAUAAAAUCUGCAGGAAAGUCCAGCGCGCUACUUCACGCUCAUUUACUGAAACUAGGACACAGUCGCGAUCAUCAUGUCCGAAAUGCAAUUAUGGUUACCUAUGCUAAAUAUGGACAUAUUGAGGUUGCCAGGAAACUGUUCGAUGAAAUGCUCGAUAGAACUGUUGCAGAUUGGAACGUCAUAAUCUCUGGAUACUGGAAGUGCGGGAAUGGAGAUGAAGCCAGUAGACUUUUUCGUACGAUAGGCCAGUCAGAAAGGAAUGUUAUUACUUGGACCGCCAUGGUUACUGGACAUGCAAAGAUGGGGAAUUUAAAGGUUGCAAGGAGAUAUUUUGAUAAGAUGCCAGAAAGAAGUGUGGUAUCAUGGAAUGCAAUGCUAUCAGGAUAUGCUCAGAGUGGAGCAGCACAAGAAACUGUAAGAUUGUUCAAUGUGAUGCUUAGCUCUGGUAUUGAACCAGAUGAAACAACUUGGGUAAUUGUUCUGUCGUCUUGCGCAUCACUUGGUGAUCCUUGCCUAGCUGAGUCAAUUGUCAAAAAGUUAGGCAAAAUGAAGUUUCGCUCAAAUUAUUUUGUCAAGACAGCUCUUCUUGAUAUGCAUGCAAAGUGCGGUAACCUUGAGGUAGCUCAGAAGAUUUUUGACCAAUUGGGUCUUUGUAAGAAUUCUGUCACGUGGAAUGUCAUGAUUGGUGCUUAUGCAAGAGUAGGUAAUUUAUCUAUGGCAAGAGGCCUUUUUAAUAAGAUGCCAGAAAGGAAUACUGUCUCUUGGAAUUCGAUGAUUGCUGGUUAUGCUCAAAAUGGGGAGUCACUAAAGGCAAUCGAGCUGUUCAAGGAAAUGAUAUCGAGUAAAGAUUCAAAACCAGAUGAGGUGACUAUGGUGAUUGUUUUUUCUGCCUGUGGACACCUUGGAAGACUGGGCUUAGGCAAUUGGGCUGUCAGUAUCCUCAAUGAAAACCAUAUCAAGCUUAGUAUCUCUGGAUACAAUUCUUUGAUUUCCAUGUACUUAAGAUGCGGAGAUCUGGAGGAUGCCAGAAUAAUAUUUCAAAAAAUGGAAAACAGAGAUUUAGUUUCCUAUAACACCUUGAUUUCCGGGCUAGCAGCCCAUGGGCAUGGAACGGAAAGUAUCAAGCUAAUGUCAAAAAUGAAAGAAGAUGGUAUUGAACCAGACCGCAUAACAUAUAUUGGGGUAUUGACUGCGUGCAGUCAUGCAGGAUUAUUGGAUGAGGGUUGGGAAGUUUUUGAAUCAAUCAGAGUUCCUGAUGUAGACCACUAUGCAUGUAUGAUUGAUAUGCUAGGUCGAGUAGGUAAAUUAGAAGAGGCUAUGAAGUUGAUUCAAACAAUGCCAAUGCAGCCCCAUGCUGGCAUUUAUGGUUCUCUUUUAAAUGCUACCAGAAUUCAUAAACAAGUUGAACUCGGGGAACUUGCUGCAGAUAAAUUGUUCGAAGUUGAACCACAUAAUUCUGGAAAUUACGUGUUGCUUUCCAACAUAUAUGCUUUGGCUGGUAGGUGGAAAGAUGUUGACAAAGUUAGGGAUAAAAUGAGAAAACAGGGAGUGAAGAAAACAACAGCCUGGAGCUGGGUGGAGCAUAGCUAGUAAGUUCAUCAGUGAAAACAUACCACAUGAAUAGUCAUGUAUUUAUAAUCUGUAAGAAAUCUCAAGGUUAUAAUCUGUAAGAAAUCUCAAGGUUAAGUUGAG